AGAGCAUCAUUAUAGUAAGAGCUCUGCCUCCCCUGCUCUCUUCCUCCAUCUCAUGCGCACAGAGCCACAUACACACACAGACACACACACACACGCACACGCACACAUGCGCACACACACUCACACACGCACGCACACACACACACACUCACACACGCACACACUCACACCCGCGCGCACGCACUAGUCUCACUCACACCCGCAUGCAGGCGCACUCCACCGACAGUCUAACUUCACUCCCUAUUUCACCUUCUGACGGAAACACAAUCGCCACCACGCGGCGUAGCGUAAUCCAACAGCGAGACACAGUGCUGGUCCUCAGAUGGCGGUGAUGUGCGUGGAGCAGUUACACGGGCGAUGAAGAGAUAGAAGAAGAAAGAGAGAAGAGAGGGAGGGGGGUGCGCUCAGGCUGUUGUGCGGAGCCCUGACGGCAUGCGGCUCUGUGCGGAUCGGAUCCUCAGGGGACGGAGCUCGCGCUGAUGGAUGAUAACGGACAGCCCGCUGAGUGCGCGGACGGGGCCGGCCAGUCCUGCAGCCAUGAGGGGGCCAUCCUGCGGACCCAUGCAGCACAGCGCCCGGGCCCGGGGGCCGCCGAGGUGCCCGCCACAGACCUCAGCCAGCACAACAUGCACGACCCCCCGUGGGAGGAGGCAUGGGAGGAGGUGCAGGAGGAGCUGCUGCUGCUGAAUCAGACGACGGACACGGACAAGUCUCCUGUGGGGGGCGCUGAGGAGGUCUCCGUCACCAAGCUUUGGGAGCAGCUGACCCAGAGAGACCAAGAACUGUGCCGUGCGAAGGAGGCCUUACAAGCAAUGAAGGCUGACCGGAAGCGAUUGAAAAUGGAGAAGGAAGACUUGGAGAAGCAAAUGCAGGAGCUGUAUGCCACACUGGAGAGCCGAGAGGAGCAGCUUAGAGACUUUAUCCGCAAUUAUGAGCAGCACAGGAAGGAGAGUGAGGAUGCUGUGAAGAUGUUGGCAAAGGAGAAGGACCUACUGGAGAGAGAGAAGUGGGAACUAAAGAGGGAGAGUAAAGAAGCAAUAGACUGUGCCAAUAUCCUGCACUCCAAGCUUCAGCUGAGAGAAAAGAAGAGCAAGGAGCUGGAGGCUGAACUCAGCAUUGCAAAGCAGUCCCUGUCAAACCUCACUAAGGAUGUUCCCAAGCGCCAUUCCCUGGCCACACCCACUGAACUUGUUGCCCCAGGAAACCAGGAAUGGACGAAACAGGCAGAACUGCCCCUCACUGCCGCCAUUAGACAGAGUCAGCUGACCCUUUGCCAUGGGCAAGCAAUCGUGAGGAACAGCAUAUGCCACUCGCGCCAAUCAUCCAUCAUUUCUGACACUUCUGCUACUGAGGGCGACCGGUCCUCCUCCCCCAGCGACACCAGCUCCCCCCACCACAGGACACACUCCCCCUGCAAUUCGGUGGAGGAGCUGGAGGAGCAGAAGUGUAAGAAGAAGAGGGAGGUGCUGAGUCUGGGCUCGCUGUCUCGGGUCUUCUCCCGGGUGAAGCAGCACAGGUCUGUGGACCCAGGUUCAAAAGCUGCUACACUGCCAUCUGCUGGUCAUGAUAUCACACAACAGCUCAGGCUUUGCUUCCACAAAGAUGACCUCUCCAGGAGCACUGACUGUGAUCAUUAAUGCGCUUUGACAUUUCUAAGCCCAGAUUUAAUGGCCUGACUUUAGAGCGAAGUGAUCCUGGAACUGAGUUAGUCUUCAUAAUCCAAGAUAAUCCCCUGCAGAAAAUAAUUAACCCAGAUGAGAUGAGAGAACUGGCUAAUCACCGGAAUAAUUAGGAGUAAGCAUGUGUGUAUAAAAAAAACAGUAAGGACAUUUUCUGAGAUAUGGCGAUGGAGCUUGUGCAAUGAUUUCACUGGCCCUCUAUACAUAAUUGAUAUGGUUUGUCUCUAGAUUUUAUAUGGCUUUUAUAUAAAAGUGCUGAUAGUGCAUUGGUGUAUUUUGUAAAGGAUUGUUGCUUGGCCAGUUCAAUAGUGCCUGAUCAGAGUUUGUCAUUGGUUAUGCAUGGCAAGUAGGCUAUAUAAAAGCUUUGGGGAUAAAAACAUAAUUGUAUAUGAAUUCUGAAUUUAAAAAAAGAAAACUGCUAUUAGCAUCGAAAAAUUGAAUAUUUUGUGUUGUGUCUUGUGAAUAAAAAGGAUGUAUUAAUCAGAGGAAUCCACAAAAGGUAAAAUGUUGUAUUUAUCAGAAUAAUUACAUAUAUGCUAUAAUAUAUAUGCUAUAAUAUGAUAUAAUAUAAUAUGUGCUAUAAAAUUAGGCAGAAUGGUCUGCUGAAAUAGAUUUUCAUAUUAAUAAAGUAUGUAAACAUA